UACACACUGGCCAUCAGCCAAGGAUUUUUCAUAAAAAUAAACAAAUUUAGUUUACAGAGACCUUCUGUACGAAGUAACUAAAACUAAGCGCAUGGCUAACAGCUACGAUAUACCCAGUUGGGCCGGUAAACCACCCACUGGUUUGCAUCUGGAUGUUUUGAAGGACGAUAAACUGGUACAGAAACUGAUGGUUGAUGAGAAAAGAUGUUAUUUGUUUGGUCGUAACAGCCAGAUGAACGACUUUUGCAUAGACCACGCUUCAUGCUCACGAGUUCACUCUGCAUUCGUGUACCACAAACACCUUAACAUAGCCUACCUCGUGGAUUUGGGGUCCACCCAUGGGACCUUUAUUGGAACGCUCAGGUUGGAGGCGCACAAGCCAACACAGCUUCAGAUUAAUAGUACCUUUCAUUUUGGAGCUUCAACCCGGAACUACAUACUCAGGGAACGACCCUCUGGUCACCAUAGCAAUAUUAUGGAAGACUUGCCGCUCAGUGAAACCAGCGAUGGAGCGCUGUUAGGACUGCCCGAAAGCCAAACUGAACUUGAUAAUCUCACGGAGUACAACACGGCCCACAACCGUCGCAUUUCAAUGUUGGGCAUUGAUGAUGAUACCAAUUUACGAAAGCAAAACGCUUUGAAGCAGGGUCGCCGCAUUCGGAAUGUCACAUUUAACGACGAGGAGAUUGUCAUUAAUCCCGAGGAUGUAGAUCCCAAUGUGGGACGUUUCAGGAACCUAGUGCAAACUACUGUGGUGCCCGCUAAGAGAGCCCGAUUCGAUGUCAAUCACAUGGGUAUCCACUCGGGUAGCAGCUUGUCAAGUGCCAAUGCCGCCCAUGUGCACCAAAUGUUCCAGCAGAGCUUGGCGGAUAUGAAGCACCAGCAGCAGCAGCACAGAGAUAUGCCUCCACCCAAUGCAGUUCCCCACUCGCCUACUAACUCUCUAUAUCAAGGUCUUCCGGCUGAAACGCAUGGCAAGGGCGAAUUGGAGCCCAUUUCUCCGCUAAGCAUUGGUUCAAAGUUGGGUCUGCUGUUGCCAAAUCCCGCGCCCGAGGUUAUGCCCGUUUUUGAUGAGGCCCUGGAACCCACCUCGACAUUGGCCCAAAAGCUCGCCGUGGCUAAUGCAAAUGUGCGACGGUACGGCGAGGACCCGCAUGAUUCAAGUGGUGAGGGCGAUGCGCUGUGUCCACAGAAAAAGAAAUACGCCAAAGAGGCCUGGCCAGGUCGAAAACCAAUGUUGGGGCAGCUGUAAUGGAUUAUUACCUAGCUUGGGAGAUUACAAGCCAUCAAUAAUUAUGUUCGUAGAAAUUUAUAUAGAUACCUUUUACGAUUUUCUAAACUUUAUAAUUGAAAACAUACUUUAAAGUAAUAUUUGUUUAUUACAAUUUUAACAAUAAUA